AUGCAACCGAUUCAGUACCUGGAUGUCCAGAAAAUCACGGCAGGUAAAAUCGCUUCGGGCUGGCUCGGGAAGUGGACAAGAACCGAAGUGCCCCCGGACCACCCGUUUUUGGUGGAAGAGCCUCUUUUAUGAUAGUGGACUGCUUGUUUCCUUUGUUCCCCUCGUCAGUGAAAGAACCCAAAGGUCAAAUACGUCUUAUCUUAGGUUUUUGGCAGUAAUUGCAUGACGAACUUUAGAAGAUAAUGGGCCUUCGGGCAUCUAUCGGACUGUCUCGACCGGACGAAAUACAUUCAUCUGAAUAAAACCUGAAUCGUGCACGUGCUCCUUUGUCGUGCAGGUGCAAAAGCUAUCUUUGCAUAGGUGAGUAUAUUUUCCCAAAAUUAUCAUGCAAGGGAUUGGAGGGAUCUGUCCACUUUCAUACCCUUCCCCACUCGCCUUCGUGCGGGAGCACGAGGGACGCGUAUCAAAUGUAAAAAUGUCUGGGUCUGGAAAAUUCCGAGAUUUGUCAUGCAGUUUUUCCAAGCUCCGCCAAGUCUGUAAUGCAGGGCCUAGCAUCGCAGGUUCUGCAGCACCUUAGUGAUGCCUAUUCUGCAUCAGAAAUGACCCCAAGGCAUGGCUAGAAAUGGGGACCUUUUGCAAGUCAUGCAACACAGAUUUUUGGAUUAUCCGCAACACGCAUCACAAGUUCGCAUCCUUCCAGACCCAGACAUUUUUGCAUUUGAUAACGCGUCGAGAAGGACGAGAUGGUGGAGGAGGAAUGGCACGACCGCGAAGCCUAUCAAAUGUAAAAAUGUCUGGGUCUGGAAGAAUCCAACUUGUAAUGCUGCAUUUGGAUUCCAAAAAAAUCUGUAUUGCAUGAGUACCAAAGGGAAUGUAAUUCUUGCUACGCGGAGAGGGCAUUUGUCAUGCGGAAUAGGCAUCAAGAAGCUCCCAAAAAAUCUGCGCUGCUAGGGCAUGCAUCACAGACAUCAGGGCUCAUCCAAAACGUGCAUGACAAGUGUCAGAAUCUUCCAGACCCAGACAUUUUUACAGUUGAUAAAGCCAUGCUGAACGUCCUCUUCUCGCAGCAGGAAAGUUCCCCGGAGUCGGAAGCAGCACACCACGACGAGCCACCAGCACCUGUCAUGUAUGGGUAUCCCUAUCCGGAAGGCGUUCGCUAAUGGAAUCUACCAUCCUACGUGGGGCGGGAUGAACUGGAGCGCACGAUUUGCCAGUCAAUGCCGAAGGGUUGCGACUAGCCCGAUAUUCGGCGGUUUUGUUGAGUCCUCCUUCUAUUCAUUGCACAAUGUAAAUACUCAAUUUGCAGCACUAACUAAACCCAAAUCAACUUAGUUUCGUGACCACUUUUUUCCGCUGAUGUUGACAUUCUUAUCUGACAUUUGACACUCGAUUUCUUAUUGUAGUUACUCACCAAGUUCACCUCUUUAUACAUGAAACAGUGUUUUAUUCUUUGCACCUCUAUGUGAUGCUUACGUUGCCUUGAUAAGGUAAUAGGAUGUGGCUGGAUAGAGUAGUAGUGAUCGGGGCCGUACGUCACCAAAUUAAUACAGGAUGACUGCUUCUAGAAGCAAUCCUUUUAUUCAGUAUAGACAAAGCCAAUCCUCGGGACCAAAAACAGAGUCGAGCCAUCUCUCAACUUUUGUAGCUAGGAAGGUCUGAAGACAUUUCGUCGCACUUCGGAUGAAUGGCUAUUUUCAAAUCGUUACUUUCUCAGUGUGGAUGUAUCUGCAUGUUAAGCAAAAGAAUGCGUGUG